UUCAUUGCCGGGCCCUGAUGGCCGAAGAUGAAGCACUUAUCAAGUCAGCUGAAACAUUCAGCAAACUUUACACCUCCAAGUGGUGUGAGUUGGUUUCCCACGGUGCCCUCAACACUCUGAGUAGUGCAAAGUACAAUAAACCAACAACCCUGCCCUUUACUGAGGAUGUUCGAACACUCCACCAGUACCUCCAGAAGACUACAGACAGUGCUGCUGCCAACCUGGUUGGGGAAGCCACGUCCAAAAACUAUGCUGAGCUUGCUAAAGUUACUUUAGCACAGAUCAUUGUAUUCAACCGGAGACGUGCUGGAGAAGUUUCCAAAAUGCUGUUGAAAAGUUUUGAGGAUCGGGACAGAUCAAAGCUGCAUGAAGAUGUUGCUUUGGCCCUGUCAAAACUGGAGCAGAAAUUGUGCAACUAUUUCACCAGAGUUGAAAUUGUUGGGAAAAGAGAAAGAAAGGUGGUCAUUCUUCUCACACCUUGCAUGGUCGACGCCCUGACACUACUGACAAGCAAAAGGAAGGAAUGUGGUGUCUUGGACAACAAUGUCUUCCUGUUUGGAAGACCCCAAGCUCAGAGCCACUACAGAGGACAAGACUGUUUGCGCCUUUAUGGAAACCGGUGUGGAGCAAAGCACCCAGAGCUCCUCCGGUCAACUCAGCUCCGAAAACAUGUGGCCACGCUCUCACAAAUCCUGAAUUUGAAAAAAAAUGAACUUGAUCAGGUCGCAGACUUCCUUGGACAUGAUAUCCGUGUCCAUCGGGAUUUCUAUAGACUACCAGUCCCAACCACACAGUUGGCCAAGAUUUCCAAGCUACUAUUGUCCAUGGAGAAAGGCAAUCUUUCUGGCCUGCAGGGAAAAUCAUUGGAUGAAAUUGAAGUUGAAGAUGAGAUACUACUCAGUGACACUGAAGCCAAGGACAGUGGCACCGACUCUGAGGACAGCGGCACUGAGUCCAGAAAAACCCAGUCUGAAGAUGAGGAAGGCCUGGGACUGUCAUCAGGAGGCACAGACAUGGAGCAGGCCCAUGCCUCUCUGGACCACGAGACACUUUCGCAAGCGACAUCCUCGAUGGGAGAGACUACACCAUCUGAAGGAAAAAAUGACAGGCAGGAGUGUGAAGCAAGAAGACUACCAAAGAAGAUGUGGUCCAAAGCUGAAGUUGCAGCAGUGAUGCGACAUUUUGGAGAGCACAUUACCGAGGGGAAACUCGCCUCCAAACCUGAGUGCAGGCAGUGCCAGCAGGCGGAAGACCCUGUGCUGUCACAGCGAAGUGUACAAAAUAUAAGAGACUUCGUCAGAAACCGAAUCACUACAAACAAGAGGCAGGCUCAGAGGAAACUUUAAGCAUGUGUUGCCGUUUACUUGAAUUCCCAGCCCACUGAGGUGUGGUUCAGUUGAUGUACAGAGGCAAGUUCAGCAGGUUCUUGUUAAAAACAGCCAAGGGGGCACUUAGUUAAAGGAAUACUCGAACGAUUUUGUACCCACGCCCUUUCCCUAUCAUUGACAAAGUGAGACAAGCUCAAAAAUACCUUUUUUGUGUCUCUGCGUCCAGUGGCUGGUUCCCAGCUGUUAGCAUCGUAGUUAGCUUAGCUCAAUUGCUGAAGGGCAAUAGGAGUCGGAGCCGGACUGACGGAAGUGGGCAAAGUACUCCUUCCAGUGGUCCAGGGGACGGCGUAUUAGCACGUGAAGUAAAUUCGAAUGGUUGUGAAACAUUUUGAAAGACGUGUUUUCUUUUCAACCCGUUAAAAUAACGUUUU